AUGUCCGGAGACCGCCCCACUCUCCUGCAGGGCGAAGCUCCCUUCCAGGCGCCGGGCCGGGCGGCGGGCGAGGAGAGGCGGGCGCCCGGCCUGGCUGCGGAGCGGGCCCAGGGUUGGACUGCCGUGCCCACCCCUGAGUGCUGCCACGCUCCCAGCUGGAUUGGAAUAACCAAUCAGAAGGCUCGAAUUGACCUGAGAACGUGGCCCGAGCUGGCCCUGCUGCGGUGCUGCUGGUUUCGCCAAGAUGCCUGUGACUCUUGGAGGCUGAGUGGGCUGUUUGGCCAAAGGGCAGAGGCCCUCUCCAUCAUGCAGGAGAAUGACCAGACUCUGCUCUCUCAGGGAUUUGUGAUCUCCUGGAUGGAGCAAGAGGAAGAGCUGCAGGUCCUGGAUCCCCAGGACUUGGAGGAAACCGAGCUCCCAAGGUUCACAGCAGUAGAUGGGGGUUUGGGUGACAAUGUGGUGGAGACGCCUGAUCCUGAGGAAACUGAUCUGCAUGGGACACUGCUAGGGGGAUCCAGCGGGGCCCCUCUCCAGAGUCCCAAGAGUGACUGCAAGGCGGGCUGGGAAUGGCAAGGCCCUGCAAGCCAACCCACCCCCGGUGAAGGAGCUACAGGGGAUCACCACGAUGCUGCUGCCCAGCCAAGAGCCUCCACAGGGGAUAAGCCCUAUAAAUGCAACGAGUGUGGGAAGGGCUUCAGCCAGAGCUCUGACCUCAUCCGGCACCUGCGCACCCACACCGGCGAGCGCCCCUACAAGUGCCCCGAGUGCGGCAGGGGCUUCAGUGACAGCUCCACCCUGCUCAAGCACCAUCGCGCGCACACGGGCGAGCGCCCCUACAAGUGCACGGAGUGUGGCAAGGGCUUCAUCCUCAGCUCCUACCUCAUCCAGCACCAGUGGGUGCACAGCAGGGAGAAAGCCCACAAGUGUGCCAGCUGUGGGCGCUGCUUCGGCCAGAGCUCGGAGCUGGCGCAGCACCAGCGCGCCCACCUGGGCGAGCGCCCCUACAAGUGCAGCGAGUGUGGGAAGGGCUUCAGCCAGAGCUCUGACCUCAUCCGGCACCAGCGCACCCACACCGGCGAGCGCCCCUACAAGUGCCCGGACUGCGGCAAGGGUUUUAGCGACAGCUCCACUCUCAUCAAGCACCAGCGCAUCCACACCGGCGAGCGCCCCUACAAGUGCCCGGACUGCGGCCGGGGCUUCAGUGAAAGCUCCACGCUCAUCAAGCACCAGCGCACGCACACGGGCGAGCGCCCCUACGUGUGCACCGAGUGCGGCAAGAGCUUCAGCCUCAGCUCCACGCUCUUCAAGCACCAGCGCACGCACACGGGCGAGCGGCCCUACCUGUGCACGGAGUGCGGCAAGGCCUUCAGCCUCAGCUCCAACCUCCUGCAGCACCAGCGCACGCACGCGGGCGAGCGCCCCUUUGCCUGUGCCCAGUGCGGCAAGCGCUUCACGCAGAGCUCCAACCUGCUGCAGCACCAGCGCACCCACACCGGGGAGCGCCCCUACCAGUGCACCCAGUGCGGCCGCCACUUCAGCCUCAGCUCCAACCUCCUGCAGCACCAGCGCACCCACUUGGGCGAGCGCCCCUACGCCUGUGCCCAGUGCGGCAAGCGCUUCGGCCUCAGCUCCAACCUGCUGCAGCACCAGCGCACCCACACCGGGGAGCGCCCCUUUGCCUGCGCCCAGUGCGGCAAGCGCUUCGGCGACAGCUCCACCCUGAGCAAGCACCGCCGCACCCAUGUGGGGCAGUGCCCCUAUGCCAGUGCACGGUGCACUGAGGGUUUGGGGGACAGUGCCACGCUCCUGCAGCACCCGCGCACCCACCGGCAUGAGCAGCCCUACCAAUGCACCCAAUGCAGCAAGGCCUUCAGCCAGAGCUCCGGCCUGGCCCAGCACCAGCACACCCACAAGGACUGGCCCCUCUGUGCCAUCGCGCCCUGCCCCUAA